CUCAGAACCUCGCGACUAGAAAGCAGCAGAUUUGCAUUGCAGUUGGGAAGGCAGUGGCUGAUUUGUCGGCGCCAAGAUGUCGAUGGGUUUGGAGAUUGGCGGCGUAUCCCUGUCUGUCAUAGGCGUGAUAGGCACCAUCUUGUGUUGCGGGUUGCCUAUGUGGAAAGUGACUGCUUUCAUCGGCUACAACAUCGUCACUGCGCAGUUCACCGGGGAAGGGCUAUGGAUGAACUGUGUGGCUCAGAGUACCGGCCAGAUGCAAUGCAAGGUCUAUGAUUCCAUGCUGGCAUUGGCACCAGACCUACAGGCUGCUCGGGCCUUAAUCGUCAUUGCCAUUGUCCUUGGGGUGAUGGGGAUCCUCAUUUUCCUGAUGGGAGCACAGUGCACUCGCUGCAUUGAAGAUGAAUCUACAAAGGCCAAGGUCACCAUCACUUCUGGGGUCAUCUUCCUGCUGGCAGGCCUCCUGACUCUCAUCCCCGUCUGCUGGUCUGCCAAUCAAAUUAUCCGCGAUUUCUACAAUGUAGCAGUCCCAGAUUACCUGAAACGUGAAAUAGGACCUUCACUCUACAUUGGUUGGGCAGCAGCAGCCCUUUUCCUUUUCGGAGGAAGCUUGCUCUGCUGUUCCUGCCCCCCCAAGGAGGAGAAGUACAGACCCACAACCAUGGCCUACUCUGCACCCAGGUCUACUGCGAUGAGCUACGACAAGAAGAAUUACGUAUGAAGUGGCGGGAACACCCUCAUGGUUGUAAGUGUUACAUGCCUACAAGGAUGGGUUAAAUUCACCUUUGCUUGUUCAAGAAGAAGAAAAAACUUCCACCAAGAUUUUUUCUCAUGUUCAGUGAGAAUUUGUACAGCGAUCGUCUGUAUGGCUCCCUUCUCAUUGAUUUCCUAAGAACGGAAAGGAACUUGCCUGGCCCCAUUUUUCUUUGUUUGCCUCUGAUAUAAAACAUUCUCAGACUUUCAUCGAACACUUAACUGGUGAGACCCCAUCCCAAUUGCUGAAGCUUGGCCUUCAGGCCUCCCUUCAGGAGUCAAAGUGACUGCAGACGGUUAGUAUAAACCUGGAAGGAUCAAGUGGAUUGUUUCUUUGAAUGAUGGUUUCUGUGCUGUUGGAUUCCCCCACCCCUUACCCCCCUGCCGCUUGGCUCCCAACUUUGGACACCUGUGUUUUCUAACCAUAUGUGGUUUCUGAAAGGGAAGCCUUCAAGCAAUGGGGGAAGAGUAUGAUCAUUUGCUUGACAUGGGGACGAGAACAACAUCAGCACUUGGGGCAGCUGGACAAUUGUUGAAUAUUCCUGGGACAUGGGUGGCAAGUGGCAGAGACUGUUCUUUCCCUAACGUUUUAUACAGCAUACUAAGAGUGCUUAGCUUGAAUCACGGUUAGUUUUGGAGGCUAUUGUGUUGCACCAACCCAACCCAAUUGCUUAAUUUAUGAUUCAAUGCCUAUUUGAGCCUGGUUUGAUUCAGUACCCAAGUGAAAUGUGUUGGGAGGACAUGACCAGUGAGCCUUUUCCACAUUGAACAACAAGUCGUGUAUUUGAGAUGGGGGGGGGGAAACAGCUGUCUGAGGAAAUUUGUCAGCCACCUUUGAGCAUCCGACCACGGGAAUUUGUGUGGAUGAGGAAUCAAGAAGGCUUAUGCCUUUCUUCUUCUCAUUCUGAGCCUUUUAGAAUGAGGGCAAGGCCCCCUCUUCCCAUCCUAAAGAACAGCCAGCCAUGAAGGUACUCCUCCUUGAACUGCACGUUGACAGCAACUGGUGGAAGGGAGAGAGGUAAAGAACUGCCAGUGGCCCCUCCAGCCAAAUUGAGCCAAGGUGGCGCAGUGGUUAAAUGCAGCACUGCAGGCUACUGCUAGAUCAGCAGGUCAGCGGUUCAAA